AUGGGCGUGCCGCUGCUCUACCGCUGGCUCAGCGAGCGCUACCCGCUCAUCAACCGGCCGGCCUCGUCGCCGCCCUUUGCCGAGGUGGACAACCUGUACAUCGACGCGAACGGCAUCCUCCACAACGCGACCCACGGGGCCAACAAGCCUCCGGCGCGCAACGGCGCUGCCGCGCCGACCGAGGCGGACAUGAUGCUCGCCAUCUGCUCGUACCUCGACACGCUCGUCCAGCUCGUGCGGCCGCAGCGGCUGCUGUACGUCGCCAUCGACGGCGUCGCGCCGCGCGCCAAGAUGAAUCAGCAGCGGCAGCGCCGCUUCCGCGUGCUGAGCUACUUCAUCCGGCACAAGCUUCAGACCGACGAGCUCUGGCGCCGGCUGCGCGUCGUCCUCUCCUCGGCCGAGGCGCCGGGCGAGGGCGAGCACAAGAUCGCAGAGCACAUCCGCUCGGCGCGCGAGCUGCCGCGCCGCCACUGCGUCUACGGCCUCGACGCCGACCUGAUCAUGCUCGGCCUGGCGACGCACGCGCCGGCGCUCUGCAUCCUGCGCGAGAAGGCGGAGAGACUGCUCGUGCGGCCUGAGCCGCCCGCUGCGCCGUGGGGGCUCCCCGGAGGCUUCUCCUUCGCUAAGGAGGAGGGCGUGCUGGGCGGCGCGAGCCGAGUGCUCAGGGGCAUGCUGGGGCUGGCGCCGGCGGGCUUGAGCGAGGCGGAGCGAGACGUCGAGCUCGGCGAGCGCAUCUACGCGGUGCUGCAACAUCUCGACGACGAGCGCGCGGGCAAGAUGACGGGCAUGCUGCUCGAGAUGAACGACUCGGAGCUGCUCGAGCUCCUCGGCUUCGCGACGGCCUUCACCACCUCCACGGCGCGGGCGGCCGACGCGGCGGUGGCGCGGCCGUCCGACGACGCGGCGGUCGUCGCUGCGACGCCGCCGCGCGGCUGGCCCGAGCUGGCGAUGCGGCUGCCCUUCACCAUGUCCCUCCGCGCCGAGGGCGUCCUCCUCGAGUGCAUCGCCUCCAAGGCGCGGCGCACCGGAUGCCCGAGCGCACCGCCACACCCCUGCCCUCCAGCCGCACCUGAAGAGCCCACGGCGUCGACGGCACUCUGCGCCCACCAGCUCGGCGCCGCGAUCGAGAGCGCCGCCGGCUCGGACGCGGCCUCGCUCGCCCGGCGGCUGCUGCUCGGCAGUGGCAGGGGGCGCGUGUACGUCGACUGGCCGUACGCCGACGUGGCGGUCGCAACCUCCCUCGCGACCGCGGCCGGGCGGUGGUGGGCGGACCGGCGCGGGCAGCUGCAGGAGUGCGACAUCCACCCGGGCGAGUGGCGGCAGCUGCAGGACGAGCUGCGCCUCAACACGCUCCACCACCGCGCGCUCGACACGGGGCGCGUGGCGCUCGUCGUCUACGCGCGCCCGCGCCCGCUCGGCCAGCUGCCGCGCUCGGCCUCGGCUCCUCGCGCGUAA